AUUAGCAACAAUGGCAUCUAUGCUAUUGUAAAACUUAUCCUAAAAUGACUAUUUGAAUCUAAUAUCUUCUUGAAUCAUUUAAUCAUCUUUACCAUUCUCCAAGUUUUCGAGUGAGGGUAGCUACCGUCGCAGACUCUAGUCCGCGGGAUUCCUGUGUUAAGGCAGUUUGUCGGAUGUACUGACCGGAAGUAAUAUUGUAAUAAUUGAGAGCGGAAGUGAGUCAGUGUGUAACGUGAUAGUGGGUGUGUGUAUCAAAAGAGAGAGACGCGAUGUGAGCGAGAGAGAAUUGCAUAAUAUGGUGACUUUGAACGGAAUGAAGAAGCAAUCAAUGCCACUAUAUAACGUGCAAUUAAAAUCCCUAGACGGCAAAUCGAGUGAGAAUAUUGAGGCAGCGGGAAGUAAAAUGUUUGACUUCACGACAAUCAAACGUCCUGCAGUGAAAGAGUUAAAAGAGAAAUUUCCACAUGCACGCGGGAAAACUUUUUACUACCUAGAGUCAGGAGAAUAUCAAAUUGAUCUUAUCCUAAGUGRCGGUGUUUAUAAUAAGAUAAGAGUGCACAAAGGCGGGCCAGACGACCCUAUAAUCGAAGAAACUACAUUUGGGUGGGCGAUUCAUGGCGGAAAGGAAUACGCAGUAGGGUCAAGUUUGUUCACUAAAGACAUAGACCGUUACUACGAGAAACUGUACUCUUUAGAUGUGCUAGGAAUUGAGGAUAGAGGAGAAGAUGACAGUUCAGCAAUACUAACAGAGUUAACAGAGAGCAUUGUUAUCAAUAGCGAGGGCGGAUACGAAGUAAAGGUACCCUGGAUACCAGGAGCAGAGCUGAACAAUACAAAUGAGUAACUACCAGUAGGGACGUCUAGAAAAUGUGGAGAGGAAGCUAAGUCAAGAUAGCAAGCUACAAACUGAGAACAGGAAGAUAGUGACGGAGCAGCUGGAGACAGGCGUGGUUGAGAAAGUGCCAGAGACACCUAGCGGCGACAGAGUGUCUGCAUGCCUCGCAAGCCUGUAUAGUAAGAGAAACUGCUAUCACAACCAAAGUCAGCAGAAUAGUGUUCGAUGGAAGUGCCAAACCACACCCGUUAGCCAAAAGCGGGAACGAGUGCAUGUACACUGGACCACCUCUACAGCCGCUGCUCUGGGACAUUUUAAUCAGAGCUCGCAUGUCGUCACACCGGUUACUAGCGGACCUUGAGAAGACGUUUUUACAGAUAGCUAUCGCAGAGAAAGACAGACUGAGAUGUAUUCAGAUUCCUUUUCAACAUCAACGGAAAAGAGGAACAUCUGCGGUUCACAUGCAGAGUACCGUUUGGACCUGAGGCAAGCCCAUUUAUGUUAGGAGCCAUACUACAGAA